AUGGAGAAUAAAAAUUUUUAAACGCACCCGUAGCGUCAACUCCAAAAGUAGUCUGCCGACUGCCAUCCGAGCGCCUGAUGCGAACGCACCAGGAAAUCACUCAGAAACCCUAGAAUUUGAAUCCCCAAAUACAUCAUAAUUCUUGAUGCUCCUUUUCCUCCUCAAGCCCUAAUUGUUGUUUCUUCGGAAACCUGCCCUCUCUUUCUCCCUUUCUCUCCGUAAAAGCCUAUCUUUUUCUCCGAAAUUCUCUUUCUAGAACACCCUCUUUCGCUCUCUACUUAGCUCUGUGUUGUUUUAACCUGUUCCACCUCCGACGCUGCUAUAUUUUCAGGAUUUUCACGUGUCAUCUGCGAAAAUGGAGUGAAAAUUGGGAACAAUAGAUACGCACUCGGUUCUAGGGGAAAAAAAUGGAAAUUUUGACUGAAACUGACCCCAAAGUUGCAGUUUGGGUUUUCGUAGUCUGAAAUACCCUUAGAGGGUUGCUUCGCAGAUCUUAUGGCUACUUCACUGGAUAUGUCACUUGAAGAUAUUAUAAAGAACAGAAGUAACAUUGAGAGAGUCAGGGGACGAGGUAGGGUCCACCGUGGCCGAGGGGCAGGAGGUCCAUUUAGUGGUGGAAGAUUGAUGGGGACACUCCAUAGAGGCCCUCUCAGGGUGAAUGCCCGGCCAUCAGCUUACGCCAUUGCCAAGCCUGUCCGCAGAUCAAAGAAUUUCCCUUGGCAGCCUGAUUUGUUUGAAGAUAGCCUUAGAGCUGCUGGAAUCCAAGGAAUAGAAAGUGGCACAAAGAUAUAUGUUUCCAACUUGGACUAUGGGGUUACAAAUGAAGAUAUAAGGGAGCUUUUCUCUGAGAUUGGCGAACUGAGACGAUAUGCAAUUCAUUAUGACAAAAAUGGCCGCCCAAGUGGAUCAGCUGAAGUAGUUUAUGUGAGAAGAAGUUAUGCAUUUGCAGCUGUUAAGCGUUACAAUAAUGUUCAAUUAGAUGGGAAGCCUAUGAAAAUUGAAAUUGUAGGUGCGAAUCCAGAGGUUCCUGUUUCGGCCCGUGUGAAUGUGGUUGGUGGAGUUGAUGGAAGAAAGAGGAGGACUCUUGUUAUGACGCCUGGAAUGGUCCCUGCCAGAGUUCCUCCUGCAAUUAAUCGUGGUUUUGGUCAGAGGAACCGUGGGGCUUUAGGGACUAGCCGUGGUGGCCGUGGCCGUGGUCGUGGUCGUGGUCAUGGUCGUGGUCGUGGUCGAGGUCGUGAUCGAGGGCGUGGUGGCCGUGGGAGGAAGCCCACUGUCGAGAAGUCAGCUGAUCAGCUUGACAAAGAACUGGAAAAUUACCAUGCUGAAGCAAUGCACACUUAAUUUUUCAAGUUCUUUGAGUUGAAAUAGUUGCAGCUGCAAAAACCCAGCCAUGGUAGAUGUACAAAUAUUGAGUUGGUUAAUUUGGAGGUGCUGUUUGUCUGCCUUUUAUUGUUACUUCUGCUAACAAACGUGCUAGAUAACAAGUAUCAAAGAAAUAUUUGUUGUGUUAUGCUAA